AUGCCUAAACGAGUGUCGCGUGGAUUCGAAGGCGAUCCGUCGCGAAAGAGGCAAAAGGUCGUCCACGAAGCCCCGACAUUCGAGGAGGUCAACACUGCGCGGCAGCUGCACCAGCUUUUGACCUUUGACCAGGACCAGAAGCGAGCGAGGCAUGCUAUUCAAUCCCUCAAAGUCUUUCUCGACGGCUUCAGCUCCGACGAUGGCAACAACAAGGAUCGGUUCGCCCUGCUCAAGGAGUACCUCGAUGCUGCGCGCCCCCGCGACACGAGCGAAGAUGCCGUCUACCUUGCCGACGUGAUGGAGAUUUGGUCGUUUGGCGCGCAGGCCCACAACGAGGCUAUCAUGUCCGCUGUUCCUGCCGUGCUGGCUCUGCUUCUGCAGGUCGUUUCUCAAUCCUUGGAGCUUCUUCCGCACGCGAUGGACGUGGCCCGGACGUUGCUGCAGGAGCGUCAGCUUAAGCUGAUUUCGAGGAACCUCUCGGCGCCGAAAGGCAGUGGAUACAUCAUUUCGCCCACCCUGAGGUUGCUGCGUGAGAUCGUGACGCUUGACGGCGGCACGCUCGCGAAGAGGGUGUUCAGGGCCAGAGAUUCUACGUUUGCGAGCUUUGCGCGGAACUUGGAGAUUCGCCAUUUGAGCGAGGGUUUGGAGGAUCCAUCGAAGCCUUCCGUGCGGACGAAUGCGAUUAAGCUGUUUUUGAGCUGCCUCAAGUUCUUGCCUGCCGAGGCGAAAAAGGAGCUGCUAAUGCUCAAGGAGGUGUUUUCACAUCUUACGUUCUUGUUGAAGGACGACCCGCCGUUCUUGAUCCUUGAGAUGCUGGGUGCGCUGAAGAAGUAUGUCCUGUUGGACGACAAGGUGCCUCGCGAGGUCAAGUUCAGAGCGUUCAACACCAAGACUUUGGACCGUUUGGCCGGCCUGUACGCUUACAGGCACGAUGUCGAGGGGGAUGACAAGCCAUCUGUUAGAGAGUCGGUCCACGAAUUUCUGGUUUACACGUGCACUUCCCCGGGGGCUGGUGUUCUGUAUUCUGGUACGGGGCUGUAUCCCAAGGAGCUUGAGGAUGAGGCGGCUCAGGAUGUAAAGAGUCUGGACGAUUUGGGUCUGGAGCGCGUUGCAUGGAUGGACAAGUACAAGGACGAGAUCGCUGUCGCAAACUUUGUUCUGUCCGAGUUCAUUCAAAAACUUCGCCCGUGGUCUAGUUUGAAACACAGCGAGCUCAUUGUCGCCAUCUUCCAGGCGGCGCCGGAGUUGGUUGCGAGCUACUUCCUCAACAACAAGUCAUUCACGUUCGAGCCGAAGCUUUCCAUGACGUGGAUCGGCUACGCAGCUUUCUUAUUCAACACGGUAAACCUGCCUCUACCGCCGCACUUUGGCCCGACAGCGGGCUACCGCCGCGUGCCCCCGCCGACCUCGAUCCUCCUCGACAAUGUCCUGCCUCUCCCCCUAAAGCAGCGUGAUCUCGUCCGCUGCCUUUCGAACAAGUCGACCCUCAUUUCCUUUUUCGCCAUCCGCAUCCUCGUCCUGGCGCUCCAGAAGCUGCAAGUCGCGCUCAAAAUGCACCGCGAGGCCGCCGAGUCUUCCAAGUCAACGUGGAACACGGCCUCGCGUAAGCUUAUUGACGAGUUCUGCCAAAAAAUCCCCGACAUGAAAGAAAUCACCAAGUGUUACAAGGCCAUGGCCGAGGAGAACGUUCUGCAGAGAGAGGCUGCAAGUAGGCUACUUUUGCUGUACUACGAGGUCAUCCCCCAGGUUGCGCUCAGGGCUAACUUCGACGUUUCCCCGUUUUUGGUGAACUCGCUCAACCGCCUGGACAGCAGAAGCGAGGAGCCGCAGAACCAAGCCAUCGCACUGAUGGAGCUGGAGAAUUUGAUUGCAAUCGCAGGGUACUCUCCCGGCAUGAGGUGGUUCGCCAAGGCAGAAGGACUGGCGGCGUCGCCAUUCGUUGCGUUGCUCAAGUUUUACGUCGAAAAUGCGCAGGGUGGGAAGAAGUUGAAGGAGGUACUGGAGUCCGUGGCCGUGCAGCAUCAGCUUGUCUUGCAGGCUACUGGCCUUACACCGCUCUUCCGCGCAGUGAAGGACUUGAAGAAGAGAGGCAAGCUGACGAAUCUCGAUUUUCUCUGGGGAUACCUAGACAACUGUGCGGGAAGAUGCGCUGCCUCACCACUAAAAUACUUGGACCUGAUGCAGGAGAGCGUUGAUAGCCGGUCUCAAAGUCAGGAUGAUGUUUCUGCGAGCUUAAUCUUGGCGGCGAUGGUUGAACAGCUUCCGUUUGUGGCUGACAAGACGACGAACAAGAAGGAAUUGGAGCUGCUAUCCAAGUUUCUCACGGUUAUCCUUAGCUGCGCCAAGACGAAAGGGGAGACCCCGGCGGCGGUUGACGCUCUGGCCGAAAAGAUGACGGGAGUUCUCUCAGGUCGCGCACCGGCAGUCAUUCCCAACGCAGACAGCACACUUGAUGAUGCCUCAGAAGAGGCAGAUACCACCGAGGACCUGGCGCACAAGUCAGAGGGGCAGAAGGUUACUAGCGGGGAGCUGGACGCGUCCUCUCUCGAGGCAAUCCUGGACGUUCCCUAUGCUCUCGACGAAGACAACUCGGCGCUUUUGAAAUGGAACUCCAAGAGCGUGGAAGACCUCAUCGAUGAGGGCCACGCCGUGGCUCUCAUUCGCCUUUUGUGGUCUGAGCACGCUAGCAUUCGUCAGGAAGCGUUGACCAAUAUCCUGAAGAUGGCGGCCAAGUUCAAGGAGUCGUCGUACGAGGAGAAGGAGCAGAUCUGGCUUAUGCUGUCAGAACUGGCGGAGUCGUCCCGUAUCCUUGUCACCCGCGGACCCGUCGCCUCUCCCCUUGUGUCGUUCGCCAUCAGCGCCUUGGAGGUGCUCAAGAAUCCGCUACACUGCCUCUACGCCAAGGUCAACACCUUCCUCACCCGCGGCCCAGUAUGGCAGCAGGACAAGGUGCCCUUGGCGCAUGAUAUCCUGCACGGUGCGCCGUCGGACGAUGACCGGUACUACACCGAGGUCAGCUGGCUCCUCGCCUAUCUCCUAGACGGCCUGCGCAAUCCUUCAGACCUCGCAGUUUUCCACCAGAAGAAGUGGUUUGAGAAGAUCUUCGCGCUGGCUGGGAACCCGUACAUGCGCGCAAAUCUCCGGACUAGGAUCCUGCGGAUUUUGUACAGGGCCACGUGUAUCGAGGGAGGCAGCACGACGCUCGCUACGAGAUUCGGGAUAGUGAGCUGGCUCGAGGCGCAGGAGGCCCGGUUCGCGCAGAGCGGUGACGAGGAAACCAGGAAGCUGUACCGCGCGCUCAGGAGGAGGGUUUGGGAGACUUGCGAUCAGCAAAGGGUUGCCGAGUGGAGUCGUGGAGGGAUUCCACUGGCGGUAGAGGCUUAA